AUGGGUGAACUUCUGCCAUCUCCUGAGCAGUAUAGAAGUCUGGUGGGUAAACCUAACUUUCUUACCCAUACCAUGCCUGAUUUAUCAUUUGUAGUGCAGCAUCUGAGUCAGUUUCUUCAGAGCCCAUUUUUUUCCCAUAUGCAUGUUGCUUUACACAUUCUCAGGUACCUUAAGGGGUCCUCUGAUGUUGGAGUGUUCAUCAGUAGCUCUCCUAAUCUCUCCUUAUCUGCAUAUUGUGACAUUGACUGGGCUGCAUGCCCAGACACCAGGAGGUCAGUCACUGGUUUCUGCAUUUUAUUAGGUGAUUCAUUUGUUGGCUGGAAGGCAAAAAAACAACAUAUUGUGUCUCUUUCUUUAGCUGAGGCUGAAUACAGAGCCAUCAGUAAAGUUGUAGCUGAGUUGGUUUGGGUUGUGCGACUACUAUUUGAUUUUGGAAAUGUUGUUCCUGUUGUUGUUCCUGUUUUCUGUGAUAACCAAGCAGUAAUACAUAUUGCUAAAAAUCCUGUUUUCCAUGAGCGAACCAAACACAUUGAGGUCGACUGCCAUUUCAUUAGAACCAAGCUUGGUGAAGGUUUGAUUGCUUUGCAUCAUGUUCUCACUUCCUCUCAGCUAGCUUAUGUCUUUACCAAGCCUCUUACACGUCUGGCCCAUCAUUCUCUCUUGCUCAAGUUGGGUGUGCAGUCACCCUCCAACUUGCGGGGGUGUUGGAGUUGA